AUUCCAUGGUGAAGCGGUAUCCUGGACACCAAGGUCAAGGGGGGGCUGAAGGAAUUUCAGGAAGAGGGGCUUCUUCCAGGUGAAAAAUGCAAGACCUUCCCGCUGCUGUCGCCUGUGCUGAACAUGACAGGGGUUAGAGCAAACGUGACUCCUGUCUCCUUCUUCGUCCUUCUUCUUCACUCUUGGGGAGAUACAAAGCCCCAGGUGCUCAUCAAUGACCCAGGCCAAAAUCAACAGCAUUUGAUUCCUAAACAAAAACUACUAUCAAAUGAACAAAUAGCAGAAGCAAUUAAAAAAUCAAGAAGCAUAGAAAAAUAUGCAUCUGACUCUCCUAACAAUCUUUGGAUUAAUCAAAUUUUAAAUACCUUGGAGAAUCACUUGGGCAAAACUGAAGGUUCCCAAGAAAAUGCUUCUCAAGACAAAGAAACUGGUGAACUUAUCGGAGACUUUCCAGAGUCUGUUGACCUAGAUAAAGCACAUGAAAAACAUAUGACUUCAUCAGAAACUUCAAAGGCCAACGCCUCAGUUAUAGAAUCGAUCCUUCAAACUCUUAAAAAAAUUUCAGGUAAUGCCAUGGAUAAGAAAACUCCCUCCACCACUGCAGAUUCUCAUCGGAAUUCACCAACGACUUCUCUGCUGACAGUCCUAAAGAACAUCGUCAUAACCUGUCUGACAGUGACAGGCUUACUGUUUGUCUUAGUUUUGUUAUUGUAUAUAUUUGCUUCACUGUGUAUGAAGAGCCGGCGAAGGGAGCCUCCAGUAAACAACACAUACAACAUUUACAUAACUGAGGAAAUGAAGAAAAAUUCUGCCUGCUUCAAGGAAAUAUUCUCAGAAAAAACAAGAGAAGACAAUGCUAGGUUGAGAUCAGAUACCCCAAAUCUCCAAUAUGUACAGUCACAAGGGACUGGUAUUUAUGAACCUGAAAGCAAAGGGAAAUUAUUCACUCAGAAUUCUAACUACAAUAAUAGAAGUAUUUUUCCUGGGGAUGUGAUGGAGGGACAGAUAAUGCCAUUGACGGGAUUACUGGUUCCAUGUUAUGGAAACAAAUCGAGAACAUGCAAAGAUUUUGGUUCAUCUUCAGAAUUAAGUGACUCUGAUGCCAGUCAGACCCUAUCCCUACCUAAACCAAAUAGUUAUCAGUGGUAUGAUAUUCCAGGUCCUCGUCUGAAUAAGGAAUAUACGGAGAAAAAGGAUCCCAAUAAGGUCAGUGAGUCUCACAAAGAGCCAGACACCUUGAGGCAUUCACAACACAAACUAUAUAGUCCAGACGGGAGGCAUCAGUAUAAUGCUUCCCAUGACUCACUGAAUUAUGCUGAAGAGACCCAGUCUGAUACAUAUCCAUCUUCAGCUACUCCAGAGAACUCAGAACUGGUAGGCAACCCCCGAGGAAGGGGUCAACAUUACUAGGGAAUACUAGCUCUCCUAGCUGGCCUUCCCACUCAGACUAGGACAGAGCAAUACAAGAGUGCAGAUUCCCAUUUGUCAAUGGUCUUCAAGCCAGUCCUUUUACCAACUGAAAUCAUGGUAGAGCCCCCAUAGAAUCUUGGAAGUUAUGUUUUUCUUUUGUAAUCUAGCCAAAAAAUAAAAAUUAUUUUUGAUAUUGGGC